ACCUUUGCGUUCGAUCGGCUACAAGACACCCAGUCGGCCUAGAAGGGCAACCUGAGGGAUAAGAUCAGGGAAAGGAUGGAGGAAUCCUCGGCGACGUCCAAGGCUUUUUCGGAAGAGAGACGCAAGGCGAUCGAGGCCAAGGAGGCGGUCGAGUUAUGGAAGAUGGUGUACCAUGUAGAAAAGCAACUGGACGCUCAGAAUCCCUAUCGCCAGGCGGUUUUCAAUGAGGAGAUGCUAGCCAGGGCGAAGUACCUGGCAUUAAAAGAAGAAGAUGAUGAAGCGCCUGUCCACAAGGAGAAGAAGGGCGGGCAGCCAGUAGGUGAAGGAAGGAAAAGGAAAGACUUUGGAAGGGGAACAAACCCUACAGGCUAUCAGGCGAGCAGGCCGCCCGUCCACGUGGUCCAGUCCCUACCGGCCCCUCCUCGCAGUUGGGAAAGCUAUAGCGUCCAAGACGCUCCCAAAUACUGUGAGUACCACCGUAACGGCACCCACAAUACAUCGGAGUGCGUUACGCUGAAGAAAGAAAUGGACCAAUUGAUCGCCAGAAGGCUGCCACCUCGGGCGGAAAGGCAGGCGCCUGGGAAUAUGUCGUGGAGGAGACCGGCGGCUGCCGCCGCAACGAUCACCAACGAGGAGGGGAAGGAACAUGGAAGACAGCAUUUGGGAAGAGAUUGUGAGGACUUGGACGAAGAUGAGAGGCAGAACCAGCGGCAUUUGGGAUGUCGGUUUAUCAUGGGCGGCAAUACCGGAGGAGACUCGGCGUCCUCACGGAAGAAGUGGAAGAAAAUGGUCCACCUAGCGAAAGUGCAGAGACCACCGUUGCCCAAACAGAAGAGGAAGGAACCUCUGGUCUUCACGGAUGAAGAUUAUCCGCUAGUACUCAGUCCCCAUCGGGACGCACUGGUGGUAAAGGUGGAAAUCAACAAUGUAGUGGUCCACCGCACGCUGGUCGACACAGGCAACUUAGUCAACAUCAUGUACAACAAUAUCUUCAAGGAGCUGGCCUGUCUCGAGCGGAUCUCAAACCGAUUCGCACCCCCAUUAUCUGGAUUUACUUGGGAUACAAUUGAAGCAGAAGGGACGAUCACGGUGAAGGCCGGGGCGACCGGGUCUGGAAGAUUUGGAGUGCGUAAUCUCCCCCGUCCACCUAUGCAUGAAGUUCGUUACCCCAACCGGGGGGACAUGCCAGGGGUCGACUCGCGAAUCAUUUGCCAUAGAUUGGCAAUGGACCUGGCCCACAAGCCGGUUAAGCAGAAGAAACGUUUCCUCUCCUCAGAAAGGAGAGAUUUUGUGACAAAAGAGGUCCCCCGGGACGAGAACGCUGAGGCAGACAUCCUCUCAAAGCUUGGCCUAGAGUCCCUGGAAUAUAUUAGGGCAAUGACACAAGAAGAGGAGUUGCUCGACCCAAGCAUCAGCCCUAGACAAGUCUUGAUCAUCACAGCCAAUGAACCAGACAGGAUCGACGAGUUGACCAUGUACAUCCUUGAGGGAUCAUUACCAACGGACCCGGUCGCGGCCAAGGAGGAAGGGAGGGGUCACUCACUUUGUGAGCCCCAAUCAGCAUCAUCCCCCGAUGAGGAUGCAGACCCUAGAGCAGCAGGAGCUACUCCUGGUCGCUUAGGGGCCUUCCGGGGGAAUGAGGGGCUAGCCGAAGGUUGUUGGGAGGAAUCAAGUGGCAACAGCAGCUUGACCAGGUCGCUCCGGUGAGUUAGUGUGACUUUCGUUAGAUAAAUUGGACAUUUUCGGACAUAAAUUUGGUAGGGUCCACAAAAUUAUUUUUCGAAAUAAUUAUGGACGUUUAAUCUCGUAAGUAAGACGAACGUCUUGACAUAUUACUCGCCAUAAACGGUGCUCGGGUGAAUGAGAAAUUGAUAGAAUUUAGGAUUGGGUAGAGAUAACUGGAUUGGGGCAAUAAGACACUUGGGUUGAACCACAUUAAAAGAUUGAAUCCAAU